GCUCCUCCGGCGAGAGGCAGUUGCCCCUCGACGCCUCAACACUCAACAUGGUCCGCGCACUCUUCGCCGUCAUGGUCGUGGCCCUCGUGGUCGCCUUCGCCGCCGCCGGUCACUUCGGCGGAGGUGGAUUUGGUGGAGGCUUUGGUGGUGGAUUUGGCGGAGGAAAAUUCGGUGGAUUCAGCGGCGGAGGAUUCAGAGGUGGAUUUGGAGGUGGACACAGAGGCUUCGGUGGAGGUUUCGGAGGAUUCGGAGGCGGACACGGAGGGUUCGGAGGAGGACGUGGAUUUGGAGGAUAUGGACGGUAGACCACGACUUCGCACCACCACCUUGACCACAGAAAAUGGUAUUUUGUAUUUCGAUAAUAAAGUUUUCA